CGCAUUGACGUGUCCAGCGAUUGGUGGUCUCAGCCCAGUUUACCGCGCCGAUUUCGCAGAAGCGUAUCCAUUUGUAGCUAAGCUCCUCCGAGACCACCAGUUCUGCUGACCUACCGUACCGCCUGCAAGCCACACUGACAGAUCUACCGAGUGAAGCCGGCUUGAGAAGGAACAGCCACGAGUGGAGCGUCGAAGUUUUUACUUUGGUGUUUCAGGAGGUCCCCUGCCGUACAGAAGCAUCUGGUUCCUCGUUCCAGCUCACGGCGCCAGACAGCCUGCUCCCGACAUACGCAGACAUACCACCUUCCCAAUCGAAAGCUAUCUAGAAGAACAGGACCAUGAACAACACCACGGCACCCAUGGCGGCUUUAGAAGAAAACUACACCACUGAUUUCACAACAGACUUCCUGAACAAUGUCACGACCAGCUGGAUGUCAUCAACGACUAAUAACAUUAGCACAAACGGUACGAACGAAACUAACGUCAACGGAUACACCCCGCCUUUCUCACCACCCGUUACUGCAGUUCUCGCUUUUCUGAUAGGAGUCGUCAUUCUCAUAACCAUUUGUGGGAAUCUCCUCGUCAUCAUCGCGUUCUGGCAAAACAGGAACCUUCGCACGACCAGUAACUACUUUCUGCUUAACCUAGCCUUCGCGGACUUCCUGAUAGGGUCGGUUGCUAUUCCGAUGUACGUGCCGUAUAUUCUGAGCGGCGUCUGGUCUUUCGGGCACGAAGCCUGUAUUGUCUGGCUCGUUAUAGAUUACUGUGUCUGCUCAGCUUCAACCUUAAACAUCAUGGCGAUCAGCCUAGACAGGUAUCACUGCGUCACACAGGCUGUAAAUUACAGCAUGAGGAAGUCCAUCAAGAGAACAAUGUGCCACAUGGGUCUGGUUUGGAUCAUCGCCUUCCUCCUGUACGGGCCUGCUAUCAUUGGUUGGGAACAUUUCAUGGGGGAACGCGUCGUCCCAAACGAUAAAUGCUACGUCGAGUUCCACGCCAACUUUCCCUUCACUUUCACUGCCAGUUUGGUGGAAUUCUUCACACCGUUCAUCAGCGUUUCGUUCUUCUACUGCCGCAUCUACAUGGAGAUUCGCAAGAGGACCCAGGCGAAGAUGGCAAGGCGAGUUGACCUUCACAACAUCGGGCCGAAAAAGACGACCAACGGCAACGCCAGACUGAAAAAGAACCGUCUUUCUCCGACCAACAACGUGAAGGAUUCCGACAAGGAAGAUCAGAAGGUAACGUACGACCAAUUGGCGGUGAUUCCCAUCGAAGCAGACGGCUCAUCGACGCAGUCUGCCGCACCCCAAGGGGUCGGACCGUCGACCUCGUCGGAACCAAUCAUCGUCAACGCCGACCAAAGAAAGAAGAAACCCCAGCUCGACAUGGCUAAAGAGAUGCGAGUGGCAAAGACACUCGCCAUCAUCGUUCUGGUGUUCGGCAUCUGCUGGGCGCCAUACACCAUCCUCACGCUGGUUCGGACUGUGUGCCAGAACUGCAUCAGCGACGUUGUCUACGAAGUCUCCUUCUGGUUCCUGUGGCUGAACUCGACCGUCAACCCGAUCGUUUACGCCGCCUGUCACACGCAGUUUCGCGCGGCGUUUAUAGCGCUCCUGGGAAGAUGGUACCAAUGCAUUGUCUCUGCGUUCCCAGCAGCACACGUACAAGAGUCUACUAACUUAGAACAUCGGAAUAGUCCAGAGGCCACGACGAUGGGGGUGUCGGCGGCGUUGGCAAUGGAGAGCAUGAACAACCGCGUGGUGAAGGUGUGAAGUGAAACUGAAACUUGUGUGUGAAGUAAUACCUUGGAGCAAUAGCGUGGAGACUGUGGAGAGUAUAAAAGACAAGAAAAUAAGAGUCUCGUGAAAUCCCCCAAGCAUACAUAUAUAUUACAUUGUUAAACAGGGAGAAAAAAUCAUAUUACAAAUACUAAAAGGAAACCCAUGGUUGUACGUAGAGAAAAUAUUGCAAUACGUUACAAUACAUUGAUAAGCAUAUUCUGCUCCUUUUGUCUUUUUAUCAUUUGGGCAAAUACUGACAAGUUUUGCUAUAGCAGUUAAUGCUUAAGAUACAUGCAAAUUAUUCUCAAUCAUAAACAUAUGAUUAAAGUUAGAUUGUGUUUAGUUAAACCGUCACGAUGUAGAGUACAAUCACAAUCACAAUAUCUAUAUAUAUUUCCUAACAUGACACAGACGUUACAAGAGAAUGUUGAAAUUGUCAAAACACUACUGAUUAGCAUAUGAAGUAAGUCAAUCUAAUCUGUUGUGUGUUUUUGUCAGAAUUAAGUGACAGAAGCAAUCUUAUAUCUUGACAAUACGUCUAUGACGUAACAUCUAUUGUAUGAAAAUUCAUACUAAAGGUAUUUUAUUCGGGUGCAUUAUGUCACCUGCAUCUAUGUAUCUAAGGUGUUGUCCAGAUGAUGUACCUCAAUUAUUAAGAUAACACAUAUUAUUGACUGUAUGUAGAUGGAGUCAAGUGUGUACAAAAGUUGUGACCGAUGUGUUUGGUCCGUAGCCAUACCUCAGAAAUUCUGUGUAUUUCACUACCCCCAAUACGCCAGUGUUAUGACCUCGUCUAUGUGACUUAAAUGAUGUGUAUAAGGAGGAGUGUGUACGCAUAUUGAUCCGUUGACAACAGACAGCUCAUUUCAAUUGACUAGACGUCUAUACAUGAAUUGGCUGAUAACUUUUUUUUAGUUAGUGUCGAUAGAUUGUCGGCCUUGAAAUUGUGUAUUUCAUAUAAAAAUGUAGAACCGACCAAUUUCAGCUGAGAACAAUACUUUCGUAAUAAAAUGUUAUUCUGACUAUUCCUUUAAAAUGCAAUGGAUGCUCUGUAAAUAUAUUGAUCAACUAAUCUUAGCGUAUACGUAAUGCAACAUUCAAUGCAAAAUUACCUUUAACUUAAUGUUUAAGGUAAGGUUUAAAACCGACCAUUGCCAUAAUUACAAACACACUACAUAGGCAAGUCACAAAUCCUCCUUCACAAACCUAUGGCAGCGCUGGCUUGUAUUUCCGAGGGGAGGGGUGUGUCUCUGAUUCGGGAUUCUCAACAUUGUAGAAAUCUCAAGUAGGCAAUUUUGACAAACGUAA